AUGAACAGAGAUCUGGUCGAGUUCUACGUCCGCUACAAGCUCUGUCAGCGGGGUGGGGCCGAGGGGGAGGAGCUGGGAUUUGUGAGGCUGGGGGAGGAGGGGGGAGGGGGUGAGGAGGGGGAGAGGGGUGAGGAGGAGGACAGAAGGACUAACAGCACUGAGAACAGGACUGAUGCAGCCUCUGCGGACUGUCACUCUAACGGUGUGAGUGACAGCCCCUCCUCUGUCCCUGGCCCCGCCCCCUCCGUCGGCCCUGGCCCCGCCCCCUCCUCCCGGGUGAAGGAGGCUCUCCGGGACUCUGCGGUGGAGUUCGAGCUGCGUUUCUCUCGUGCGUUCAGCGACCUCCACCGGCAGCUGCACCUCACGCCGUCCACCGCGUACACCAGCUUCGCCAGCGUCAUGGACGAAGUGUUCCGCGACGGCGUGAACUGGGGCCGCGUGGUCGGACUGUUCGCCUUCGGGGGCGCGCUCUGUGUGGAGUGUGUGGACAAAGACAUGAGCCACCUGGUGCAGCGCAUCGUGGGCUGGAUGACAGUCUACCUGGACGAGCACAUACAGGACUGGAUCGACCAGCAGGGGGGAUGGGUGAGUCAGGGGGGAGGCACUCUCAAGUCUCCCAAAAACAGCAAGAUUUACCGCAUCCAUAACCCCAGGAGGAGAAGAGAGGAGAAAGGAGAACAGAGGAAAGAUAAGCGAGGGGUAGAGCAAAGAGAAUGGAGGAGAGAGGAGGUGCAAGAAGAGAAGAUAGAAGAGGAGAGAAGGAGAGAAGAGGAGAGACAAGGAGAAAGGAGAGAAGAGGAGGAGCAAGGAAGAGGAGCAAGGAAGAGGAGCGAGGAAGAGGAGCAAGGAAGAGGAGCAAGGAGUGAAGAGGAGCAGCGUCCGCGUCUCCUCCUGCUGGCUGCGUCUCCUCCUGCUGGCUGCGUCUCCUCCUGCUGGCUGCGUCUCCUCCUGCUGGCUUCGUCUCCUCCUGCUGGCUUCGUCUCCUCCUGCUGGCUGCGUCUCCUCCUGCUGGCUGCGUCUCCUCCUACUGUCUGCAUCUCCUGCUUCUGGCUCUCGCUGUGA